AAGAUGGAGACUGGAAAUCACACAAUGGUAACAGAGUUUAUUAUUUUGGGGUUAACAGAGGAUCCUAUACUUUGUUCCAUAUUCUUUGUAGUUUUUCUAGGAAUCUAUGUUUUUACUAUGUUGGGCAAUCUCAGCAUAAUCAUGUUAAUCAGAAGAACCCCUCAGCUUCAUACCCCAAUGUAUGUUUUUCUCAGCCAUCUGGCCUUUGUGGAUAUGGGGUAUUCCACAUCAGUCACACCUACCAUGACUGUGAGUUUCCUGAGAGAGAGAACUACUAUCUCUGUUGCUGGCUGCAUAGCCCAGCUUGGCUCUGAUGUUGUCUUUGGAACAGCUGAGUGCUUCCUGUUGGCUGCCAUGGCCUAUGAUCGCUAUGUAGCUAUCUGCUCUCCCCUACUCUACUCUACUCUCAUGUCCUCCAGGGUCUGCAUAAUCUUAUUAGUUAUUUCCUAUUUGGGAGGGGGAAUGAAUGCUUCAUCAUGUACUGGAUGUUUAUUGAGCCUGACUUUCUGUGGACCAAAUGAAAUCAACCAUUUCUUCUGUGACCUCCCACCCCUAGUAAAGCUUUCUUGUACCCAUAUUUACAUUGCUGAAAUAUGUCCUGCCAUCUCUGCUGGGUCAAUCAUUGUAAUCACACUGUUCAUUAUCAUUGUUUCAUACCUCUACAUCCUCCAUGCAAUCAUGAAGAUGCACUCUAGGGAGGGAUGGCACAAGGCCUUCUCUACUUGCACGUCCCACAUCACUGCUGUGACUUUGUUUUAUGGGACAGUCACAUUUGUUUAUGUUAUGCCAAAGUCCAGCUACUCACCUGAUCAUAUUAAAGUAGUGUCUGUGUUCUACACAGUGGUAAUCCCCAUGCUGAACCCCCUGAUCUACAGCCUGAGAAACAAGGAAGUAAAAGAGGCCAUGAAGAAAUUGAUGGCAAGAACACAUUCUUCAUUUUGA